AUGUUAAUGUACUAUAUGUAUCCACUUUGCAUGCAUUCCGGCUCAUUUUCUGUUUUGUAUCCGUGAAAUACCCACGUGCAGGAAAUUGUAGGAACUUUACUCAGCUCCCCCAACAACAACAAAAAAUCACGUUGAGCGAAAUCGAGGACAAAGCCCAGUGACAGUCAACGUUGACCAAGGAGAAUCAAGAAUGUCAUGUAAAAGGACUUACAAACAAUGAAAGAAGAUGGCCUCAUCGGCAGAGGAUGAUGCCAUAACCGAAGUGGUAGAUGUUGAGAUCCCUAAGCAAGCGGUACAGGAACCAACUGUGGUUGCUGUAGAUGAUGAUGUAGCGCCCAUAGAUGGUAAGUAUUGCUUAAUUCAUCAAAAUGUUUGGUUUCAGUAGAAACAACAAUACAAUUACUUUUCGUAGAAAGUUAAAUAUCUGACCUGACCAAAGCACCAGACUCUGUUGCCUCUUUGAUAUUGUUUAUGUGACGAGUCUGUAAUAUUGACACUGCAAAGUGCUAGCUAGUGGGUAGAACCUCUGUAAGUAAGCUUCAGUUCAUAUUUCAGUUCAGAAGUGCGACAACAAUGAAUUGAUCAGAGAGGGUGGUAGGAGCCUCGCCCCAUGCAAAUACCUAUACCGCUUUCACACCAAGAACAAGGGUUUUACCCUGUAUAUUUGAAGCGGGUUUUGCCCGUGCCAGACCCAUUCAUACUAAACCUACAACACAGGUAAUAAGCAUGCAGGGCCGUUUAUUGAAAAUAUAUAAAAAAGUGGGCUAUUGCGUUUAGACAUUACUGAUUACGGGUCAAUGAACACAGGUCGACCCAUGCAGACCAAUGGCUCACCCAUGUUUUGCAUGUGUUACUAGAUCGGCCCUGAAUCCAUCUUGAUUGUUUAUGUUUUGAAUAUUGUGGAGGAACGAAUGGUUAUCCGACCUGUUUGUGUGAAUCACAGAUCUGUGCAGCAGCCAGGAUAUAAACUAUCAAAAAGGCAGGCCGGUCCACGGUCUAGUGGUUGGGAAUCCCUGCUUUAACCAAUCAUCUCUUGGCUGACAUUAGCCAGGAUGUUUUCUUUGUUUCUCCCUUUAGGACAAGGGGGUCAGACUCCCUCCCUAUGACAACCAAGUCCUGCCUCAUCUGUUGUGUCUGUAUCAAGCCCCUCUGACCAUACAACAGAAAAUAUGAAAAUGUAGAUGCUGAAGAGGAAGAUCAAGAUGGAGGCUUUGGAAGAGGAGAGGGACUUCCUCCGCAAAACUGUUAACCAGUUGUAUGGGCAAGGGUGUCAGACUCUCUCCCUAGGACCAAGUCCUGCCUCUUCUGUAGCCACACCUACAAAACAAGGGAAGCAUGUCCGCUGCUUUCCACAGCGUGGGAGUGGAUCGCAACACUGUGGUGAUGAGUGCCCCUCUGGUAGAGAUAAUGCUUGUGGUGCCGGAGUUCCUUCAUUCACAGGCAGCGUUUGACAGCUCUAAAGAGACGCUCAACCAAUAUGCAAGAAGGAUCUCCAAAAAUGCAACAGCAGAGCCUGUGAGCUGAUGAACCAGGGCAUCCUGGCUCUGGUGACGUCUACAGGCUGUGCAGCCGCCAACGCCCUCCAGUCCUUGACUGACGCCAUGCACAUACCCCACCUGUUUAUCCAGAGGAACGGCGAGGGCACACCACGCACCUCCUGCCACCUCAACCCCAGCCCUGAUGGGGAGAGCUACACCCUGGCCGCUCGUCCGCCUGCACGCCUCAAUGACGUCAUGCUGACCCUGGUCACUGAGCUGCGCUGGCAGAAGUUCAUCAUCUUCUAUGAUGCCGACUAUGACAUCCGUGGGUUGCAAACAUUCCUGGACCAGGCGUCUCGGCAGGGUCUGGACGUGUCUCUGCAGAGGGUGGAUCGCAAUGUGAGCAGGGUGUUCGCCAACCUGUUCAGCACCAUGCAGACCGAGGAGCUCAAUCGCUACCGGGACACGCUGCGGCGGGCCGUGCUGCUCAUGAGCCCCCGAGGAGCACAGGUGUUCAUUCACCAGGCUGUGGAAACCAACCUGGCAUCCAAGGACAGCCAUUGGGUUUAUGCCAAUGAGGAGGUGAGUGACACAGAAAUCAUGGAGCUGGUCCACAGUUCGUUGGGCCGGAUGACCGUCAUACGGCAGAUCUUCCCUCUGUGGAGAGACACCAACAUCCGCUGCAUGAGGAACAACCACCGCAUCUCCUCUCUGCUCUGUGAUCCCCAGGAGGGCUACCUGCAGUCCCUGGAGGUCUCCAACUUGUACCUGUAUGACAGUGUGCUGAUGCUGGCCAAUGCCUUCUACAGUAAGCUGGAGGACAGGAAGUGGCAUAGCAUGGCUAGUCUGAACUGCAUGAGGAAGUCCACCAAGCCCUGGAAUGGAGGCUGGUCUAUGCUGGACACCAUCCAGAAGAGACGGAUCACCGGGUUAACAGGAAUGAUGGACUUCCGUGCCGAAGGUUCUAACUCCCACGUCCAGUUUGAGAUCCUGGGGACCAGCUACAGUGAGACGUUUGGGAAAGAUGUCAAACGGUUGGCGACUUGGGACUCAACUCGUGGGCUGAACGGUAGUCUAAAGGAGAGUCGGAUAGAGAACGGCAUGCAAGGAGUGACGGUCAAGGUGGUAACAUUACUAGAGGAACCCUUUGUGAUGGUAGCUGAGAACAUUCUUGGGCAGCCUAAACGCUACAAAGGCUUCUCCAUCGAUGUUCUGGAUGCUCUGGGCAAGAUCCUGGGCUUCAAGUAUGAGAUUUACCAGGUGGCCGAUGGAAAGUAUGGAACCCCUACCUUCAACGGCUCCUGGAACGGCAUGAUAGGAGAGCUCAUCAGUAAGCGAGCAGACUUGGCAGUAUCAGCCAUCACUAUAACUCCAGAGAGGGAGAGUGUGGUGGACUUCAGCAAGCGCUACUUGGACUACUCUGUGGGGAUUCUGAUGAGGAAGUCGGAGGAGAAGAUCAAUAUCUUCUCUCUCCUGGCACCCUUUGAUCUGGCCGUUUGGGCGUGCAUCGCAGCCGCCAUCCCCGUGGUCGGUGUCAUGAUCUUCAUCUUGAGGCGGGUCCAGUCGGUCCGUCCCCCAGGGGGACACCAGGCCACCUCUGUGUCCACCUCCCUCCAGAGCGCCAUCUGGAUUGUCUAUGGAGCUUUUGUGCAGCAAGGGGGAGACUCCAUCCUGGGUUCUGUGGCUCUACGUAUCGUCAUGGGCAGCUGGUGGCUUUUCACCCUCAUUGUGUGUUCCUCCUACACGGCCAACCUGGCAGCCUACCUCACGGUGUCCCGCAUGGACAACGCUGUUCGGACAUUCCAGGACUUGUCCAAACAGAUGGACCUAGCCUACGGAACAGUGAGAGACUCCGCCGUGUACGAGUACUUCAGAGCCAAAGGCACCAAUGCUCUGGAGCAGGACAGCACCUUCGCUGAGCUCUGGAGAACCAUCAGCACGAACAACGGCCACGAACACUCAGUCUCCAGCCCCUCUGAAGGCAUCCACAAGGCCAAGAGAGAUUCCUUUGCCUUCCUGUGGGACAUGGCUGUGGUGGAGUAUGCUGCUCUGACAGAUGACGACUGCACCCUGACGGUGACAGGCAACAGUAUGAGUAGUAAGGGCUAUGGCCUGGCCCUGCAACAUGGCAGCCCCUACAGAGACCUCUUCUCCCAGAAGAUCCUGGAGCUGCAGGAGAAAGGGGACCUGGACAUCCUGAAGCAGAAGUGGUGGCCCAGGAAGGGUCGCUGUGACCUGGACAGCCACUCAGAGGCCCAGCCAGAGGGCAGGUCCCUGAGGCUCCAAAGCUUCGCUGGGGUCUUCUGCAUCCUGGCAGCAGGGCUGCUGCUGGCCUGCCUGGUGGCCGCCCUGGAGACCUGGUGGAGCAGCAACCGCUGCCGGCGUGAGCAGCCCAAAGAGGACAAAGAGGUGAAUCUAGAGCAGGUCCACCAGCGUUUGAACAGCCUCCUGGACGAGGACAUGGUGCACAAGCAGCUGCCGGGCCAAUCUAUUGAGAUCUCUGCCCUGGACAUCAGCAGCAUGCAGCCCAGCCAGUCCCUGGAAGGCCUGCCUUCACGGGACCACUACCCGGGCCAUCACAGGGAUUCAGUCUCUGUGACCACUUUCCUCCAGGAGGGACAAGGAGCAGGAAGAACACUUGGCAGGGGCACUGGCAGAACCCUCCCCCUACCCCUCAGCAGCGCCACCAUGCCCUCUAUCCGCUGCAAACACAGGGCGCCCAACGGGGGGCUCUGCCAACAGAGCCCUGUCAAGACACCAAUGCCAAAGUCAUACCAAUCAGGGCCUGGAAGAACCAUUCCAGAAGCUAUUGAUGUAAGCCAUGGGACUUCAAUCUGACCACUCAGCCUCAGCGCAAUCACAGACACUCAAGCCCCAUUUAUACCAGGUUCUAACAUGCAUCUUUUUUCCUCCAUAUUCUGAUUGUGCCCACAUUUUUUGACAGGUGUAGAUAAUGGAAAGAUGUUUUGUGAUCUGAUUGUGAACAGAUGGCUAUCUUACAAGUGUAGACAGAUCUGGACAGUGAAACCAUUUAAGUCAUCAUUACACCACCCUCUGAAAUCAUUGACUUUUGGCAUCAAUAUGUGUAUUAAAAAAUAUAUAUAUAUUAUUUGGAAAUAUGCUUUUGUUAAAUAUUUUGCAUACAGCGAGGGACCAGGAAAUCUGGUCAACAAUGCGUAGACCCAUGUCUAAAAAUGUGGGCCCAAUCAGAAUGUGGACAAGAUCAGGACUCAUGUUGACUGUGGUGAGCUAUAGGCUAAAGGAUCAAUCGUCACAGGUGGGAGAAAAUAUAAAUAUGUCUGGCAUUUUAUUUUUCGCUGAAGAAAUAUGGAGGAAAACAAAAUUAGGAAAAUGACUUUCUUGUACAUAUUUGUAAGUAUGGACAAAAAGAGGUGAGAAAAAAAAAACUGUAUUUUGAAUAUUCUCAAUUUUUUAAGUUGGGUUUAAAAAACAGAUACAAAAUUACACAAAAAAUUACUGUUUGAAUGGCUUUGUAAAAUUUGUUCUAAAUUAAUUAAGGUGAUAAUUCCUUCUGGUUGUUUUCUAAGUGCCAAGUUCAAAGAUGUUUUCUUUCAAAUUAACAUUAUAUGAAUGUACGAAAUGUAUGAAAAGACACUUCAAAGACAGUGGAAAGAGUUGAUUUGUUUCAUAUGAAAACAAUAAAGAAUUAUAAAAACA